UCUCUAUUUUGGGCCAACUCAAAUGUUCGAACUUUAUUGGGCCAGGGUCGAAGAGGAAACCUACCAACAAUCGCGGCUAUAGGACCACUUGGAAAGUCCACACGCCAUGGAAGGUCAAGUUGAAGAAACGGGCUUGUCGUCAAGUCUCGAAGUCGAGCAAUCUUGAAGCGCGAGACAGCAUUCCUGGAAUGGCCGCGACGUUAGGGUCGCUGAAGGCCAGCACGACCUGCCACUCUUCCGGACUGCCAAUCAAAGUUCGACGCGGGUGGUUUGGCCUAAGCGUGCAGGAAAGCGAUGUACUAUGUACAGUACAGUACAGUACUGGCACAGCGUCUGACAAGAUUUUAGCGUCCGGAAGAACAUGCGGGUUGAAACAGAAUUUGGGCAUCCAUAGCGGUCUGAGCAUCACCUCACCGCUCGGCCACUGCCGCCACCCGCGGAUGAGGCCAAGAACAGGCCGAGUUUGGGGUCUCGGCUCUCGCGAGUUUGGAAUCUCUGGUCGCUACUGUACGUACAGUAUCGUAGUCCUUCGAGCCGACGAUUCCACAUCCCACGGGGGUGAGGGGAUCGUCUGUUUGAUACUCCGAACAUCUCCUGUAGUGCGAGACGCGAGAGGUUUCCCCCCUCCAAGGCUGGGCACGCAAGUGGCGGCCCCUUGGCGAGGCCAGGCGUUUAAAUGCCCCUGCCCCCAACCCCCCGUUUACGGGGCUCUUUUUAGCUCUGACAGGGGCCGUUGAGGUCCGGGCGGUCCCUGGCCUAUCGCCCCCGACACCGAAGGCCCCCGCCGGGACGCCUAAUCUCGGCGCAUCCAAUCAGCAGCCGGCAAAUGCCUCUCGCCGCUGGAAGGCCUCCAUCGCCCAGCGCGCUUCCAACCGCUGCCGCCAUUGACAUUAUUUUCAGCAGCCACCCGUCCUGGCCACAUUUGGACGGACGCGGAUGUCCAGUAUAAGAGUGUUCCAAGUUCCCCAAA